GAACUGAACGUUGCUGACUUUGCAGUGUUUGGACUUUUGAGACUCUGAGAGACUUCGUUGAGAAGCGACCAUUCACUCCUUGGAGUUUUCUCCCUUUUUUGAUUCCUGCACAUCCCCGCCUCCCACCCACCCACCCCUUCUAUGGAUCGGGGGAUCUCCGUGGAGCAAAGGGAGAACUCAGGCGCUUCCCGGCCACGGGGAGGAGACCCCGAUUUCUUGGGAUCGGCCAUGGCUUCCACCAAAAGCCCGCCGGCUCCUGGCUCCGCCGGGGAGGCCAUGUUGCCCGCGUCUGGCUCGGCGAAAGGCAUGCCGGUGAGCGGUGACCGUCUGGAGGCGGAAGAGGAGGACGAACUCUGUUCUGGAAGAGACGUGGAUUCCGCCUCGAACGCGGAUAGCGAGAAGUGGGUGGCCGGAGACGGUCUGGAGGAACAGGAGUUUUCCAUCAAGGAGGCCAACUUCACGGAGGGGAGCCUGAAGCUGAAAAUCCAGACGACAAAGCGGGCCAAGAAGCCUCCCAAAAACUUGGAGAACUAUAUCUGCCCACCCGAGAUCAAAAUCACCAUUAAGCAGUCUGGGGAGCAGAAAUUUCCGAGAGCUGGAAAAAACAACAAAGCCGCUAAAGAGGAAGAUAGAGCAUACUCUAAAAAGAAGGUUUACGACAGGCUGCCGAAACAUUCUGCUGUCCACUACGAUCCGGGCCUGCAACAGGACUUCACUAGUGACACCUUAAAACCACGACAGCAGCAAAAAAGCAACAGCCAGCAUCAUCUCGAUUGGUCAAUGAGCUCUGAAUCUGGACCGGCUUCCCCAGCUUGCUUCAUUGCACCCGAGCCAAACCGGGAAGCUGCUAGUUCCACCAAGAUCAGCGUUUCAGAGCCUGCUGUAUCUUUCAGCAAGUCCCAAGCUAAGAAAUCUAACACCAGCAACACAUGGGGUCAGUUGUCCAGCAGUAAUAACAAAGACCUUGCUGUGUGUAAUGCAACCUCUGGGUCAAAUCCUUUGGGUGUAACUUCCCAACCGAACAGUCUCUCUGAUUGCAAUGGAUUUUUGCCACUAGGGAGCCAAGAGGGAGGGGGUCAGAUGGAAGCCCUUGAUCAACCCAUGGGCAGUACAAAGAAAAAGUCCAGUAAAAAAGAUAUAAUCAACCAAACUCUCCAAAACACAGAUAUAGAGUGGGUUAAAAAUGUUCAGAAGUCGUUUGAAGCUAAAACCCAUGACAGUAUAGAAGGGAAAAACGAGCCCAGUGUGAGCAAACUGUCGCCCACCAGGCAAAACCCAAACCCUGCCAAUGGCUCCGAAAACGAUACCAGUCGUGUGCGAAUUACGAUCCCAAUCAAGACUCCAACAGUGGAGCUGCCUGGACAUAAACGGAAGAAACGACAGUCUGCAAAAAAUGCUGUGGACAAGAAUGUCCUGGAGAAAACCCCACCUUCUGGACAUCUGGUGAGCAGCGAUGUAGCCAGCCGGGCAAAUGCACCUGCAGAGCUCUCCAAGAAAGACCUGCGAGUCACAAAGCAAGGGAAAGCUACCGAGAUCGAGUCUCCAUUAGUACCAGUGGAAAACAAUGAGGUAGUCAAUAGAUCGCCUGCGGUCAAUGCCACCAGGCUUAGGAAGUCCACAGGCUUAACCUCGGCUGCAAUGACAAAUGAUAUCCCCACAGCUAGCAAGCAAGUAGAGGUUCAGCAUCCAAAGUUUGCCGCAAAACGAAGGCUGACCUGUAGCAAACCGAAAAGCAUGCUCCGGGAACCUUCUGUGGGUCCCUCUGAGAAAGUGAUGGUGGAACCUCCGUCAGCUUAUCCCAUAACUCCAUCUAGUCCUCUGUAUACCAAUACAGACAGCCUGACUGUGAUUACUCCCAUCAAGAAGAAGAGGGGGCGGCCAAAGAAACAGCCUUUGCUCACUGUCGAAACCAUCCACGAAGGGACCUCCACCAGCCCAGUCAGUCCCAUUGGGAGGGAGUUCCCGGGUACCAAAAAAAGGAAGAGGCGAAGGAAUUUGGUGAACCUGGCCCAGAUGGCUCCAGGGGAAGAUCAUUCUGUCAGCGAGCUGAAAUUUCACAAGAAGGUGGGCAAGCUCGGUGUGUUGGACAAGAAGACGAUCAAGACCAUCAACAAAAUGAAGACGCUCAAGAGGAAGAACCUUCUGAGCCAGAUCUUGUCCUGCUCGAGUAAUAUAGCUUUGAAAACUAAAACACAGCCGCCAGCCAGCACGGGAGCCCCGACGAUCGAUGCCAGGUUAGGGAAGCAAAUCAACGUGAGCAAGCGGGGGACUAUCUACAUUGGCAAGAAAAGGGGAAGGAAGCCGAGAUCUGAGGUGCAGCCCCCGUCGGAAGAACCGAAGACAGCCAUCAAACAUUUAAGGCCUGUACCCAACCAGCCAGAAAACCCAGCAGUGCCUUCCACUUUGCAGUCCCUGGCGGCGUCAUCACCAGCAGCUGUUCACCCGCUUUCGGCCCACUUAGUGGGGUCGAACGGCAACCUCAGCCCUGCCAGCACCGAAACAAACUUCUCGGAGUUAAAGAGUAUGCCAAAUCUACAGCCUAUCAGUGCUCUUCCCACCAAAACCCAGAAGGGAAUACACAGUGGGACAUGGAAACUGUCCCCACCCAGACUCAUGGCGAAUUCUCCUUCUCACCUUUGCGACAUAGGCUCCCUGAAGGAAGUCACCUUGUCACCGGUGAGCGAAUCCCACAGCGAGGAGACCAUACCCAGCGACAGCGGGAUAGGGACAGACAACAACAGCACUUCCGACCAAACAGAGAAGGCGUCGGAAUCUCGCAGGCGAUACUCGUUUGAUUUCUGCAGCCUGGACAAUCCGGAGGCCAUUCAGUCAGACACCAGCACUAAAAAUAGGCAUAGCCACCGGCAGAAGCAUCUCAUUGUUGACAACUUUCUCUCCCACGAGACCAUGAAGAAACCAAAGCACAAGAGAAAGCGGAAAAACCUGCAGAACAGAGAUGACCUCCAAUUCCUGGCGGACCUGGAAGAGCUUAUCAGCAAGUUCCAACUGUUCAGGAUCUCUCACAGGAGCUACACGUUUUACCACGAAAAUCCGUAUCCCAGCAUUUUCCGGAUUAACUUCGAUCACUAUUACCCAGUGCCAUAUAUCCAGUAUGACCCAUUGCUGUAUCUGCGCAGGACCUCUGACAUGAAGUCGAAGAAGAAGCGUGGCAGGCCUGCCAAAACCAAUGACACCAUGACAAAGGUGCCUUUCUUACAAGGGUUCGGUUACCCUAUUCCCAGCGGGAGUUACUAUGCACCCUAUGGAAUGCCUUACACAUCAAUGCCUAUGAUGAAUCUUGGUUACUACAGUCAGUACCCAGCACCGCUGUAUCUGUCCCAUACGCUUGGAGCGGCAUCUCCCUUUAUGCGGCCUUCAGUGCCCCCUCCCCCGUUCCACGCAAACUCUCACAUGAAAAUGCCCAAUACUGCCAAGCAUAAAGUGAAGCAUGGCGUUCACCUUCAGACCCCCGUCGGGGUGGGCCUCGGCGAUGUUCAUUCUUCCCUGACGUCUCCAAAGGUUACUGGGACAAGCAUGCCCAGUGGCCGACUCCACAAAAGGAAACACAAACAUAAGCACAAACACAAGGACGAGAGGAUACUGGCGGCUCACGACGACUUGAGCAGUCUGUUUGCUAACAAGUCCGCAAGCUUCUCCGGCCAUUCGGUGAGCGAAAGAUUAAACGUCUCGGACAAAGACCUCUCCUUGAUGACGGAGAAGAGCAAGCAUAAAGAGAAACAGAAGCACCAGCAUAGCGAAGUGGGGCACAAAAGUUCCAAGAACAGCUUUGAAGUGGAUACUCUGUCUACGUUGUCGCUCUCAGACCCCCAGCAGUGGGUUCAGAGCAAGGAUAAAAAUGACUCGGGCCAUGUUCUCGUGGACUCUUGCUUAAAGAGGUACUCGGGGAAUGCCGAGAGCAGUGUGAGUGUGAGGUCUGAAUCCCUGGACGUGUUUGGUGAGAUGAAUUCUGCCAGUGAAAAACGGGACAAUGACGGGAGCGGGAGCAAAAGGCGGAGUUUUGAAGGAUUCGGGACUUACAGGGAAAAGGACCUUCAGACCUUCAGAACAGGCAGAAAGGAGAAGAGUUCCUACGAUGCCUCGGCUGUGUCAGGAAUUACCAAUCCUCACCUAAAAGCAGACCAGAAUUCACUUCAUAAUAAAAAUGAGAGUUCUGCUUCAGCUGUCAUGACCCGUCGGAAACCAGCAUCUCUUGAUGGUGUUGCGCUCUCUUCAAACCCAGUGUUAUCACUCUUACCUUCAUCAACAGCAUCAGAAGCAGCAGCUGGCUCGCCGCUCAAGAAACGGUUCAAGCGCUGCGAAAUCGAGGCGAUCCAGUGCGAGGUGCGGAAAAUGUGCAACUACACCAAGAUCCUGUCUACGAAGAAGAAUUUGGAUCACGUCAACAAAAUCCUGAAAGCCAAGCGGCUGCAGAGGCAGUCCAAGACGGGCAAUAACUUCGUCAAGAAGAGGCGAGGGCGUCCUCGGAAGCAGCCGCUCUCCUACGAGGAAGACUCCAGAGACCAAAUGCCUGUCUUGGAAAAAUGCGUGGACCUCCCUAGCAAACGAGGCCAAAGGUUCGCGCCAAAUCCUUUGCUCUUGGAACAGGCAGCCGGUCAAGAUACCAUUGCCGCCACUAUUGAGGCGGUGGUCCAUAUGGCCCGGGAGUCUCCACCCCAGGCUCCACCUCCGCCGCCACCACCACCACCACCCCCUUCUUCCCGAGCGCCACCCAGAGUCGGGAAGAGGAAAAGCAAAUUGCAGCGACUUCCGGAGGAGGAGGAAGAGGAGGAGGAGGUGAAGGUGAAAAGGCACCGGAAGACGAGAGGAAGCGAAAGCGAAAACCUCCACUAGGGAACAGAUCGUGGGGAAAGCGACUGGAUGGUUAGUACCCGGGAAACGGUGGACCGGCGUGCUCACCUGGCCCACGCCUGCUUGACACCCUUCUUCUGUCCCCAGCCUCAGACUGGCUCUGUAUUUCCAUAGCACAGCAGCUGUUAAGAACUCCAAUAGGAACGACUAGUAAUAAUAGUGACAAGGACAGCAAAUGUUUGGCAUUCGCCUUUAGGUUAAGAAGAAGGGGACGAGGGACAGUGUUUCCAAUCCAUGUCUGUUAAGAAAAAUCAGUAUUGUUCUCAUGUUCCAAAAAGAAAAAGGAGUUUCCCUCAAUCUCAUCAGAGCUCCGUGCACGGCAGAACAAACAUUCCCACCUUGAUGGUCAACUUUUUUCUUAAUAGAGGCUCCUGUCUCCCCCCUUCCCCAGAGGCUCUGCAGAAAUCAGUUCACCACCACCAGCUUUUCUAGUCAACGGCUGUUUACAUGAAGGGAAAACAUUGCGUUUUGCACCUGAUUUCUCUUCAUGCCAUGCAGCUGUGGAGGCACAAGAGCCCCCGUGAGGAAAAAAGUUGGCAACUCUUGCAGUGGAAAUGAGUCUGGCUUAUACAAAAAAAGAGAGUGUAUCAUCCUCAGUGGUGCUCUUGAUUAUUUUUAAUCUGCUUUAGACGUUUUUUUCUGUUUUAUUUUGUCAGGUUUGGGUUGUGUUUUUUUUUUCUUCCAGAAAUCUUUCCCAGGAUUCUGGCCCAUCAUAAGGAAUAAGAUCAGGAACAUUGAUUUCUGUGUUGCUCUCGCCUCCUCCAUCCUACACACAGUGCAUAAGUGGAAAGACAAGAGAAGCGGAGUCCGGCAAACUCCCGUCUCUGAAAGCCUAACAAACAAACAAAAGCGAAGCAUUUCCCAUAAAAACAAACCUCAGUUUUUCACUCACAAGAUCCUCCCAUCAAGUGGCUUGGUGUUCCCAUGGACAGGAAAAGCAAACAUUCACCCCCCGGCCCUAAUUGAUUUUGGAAGGCAGAGUUAUAUUGAAAUAUAACAGCAAGGGGAGCAGGGAAGUCAGUAGAGACACAAGAAAGUGUGACAUUUUUGUACAUUUUUAUCUUAAGCAGUGAAGCAAUGCAUUGGCUUGCUUCUUCUCUUUUAUUCGUUAGCGCAAGGAAAAAGUCACUUCAAAUAUAUUUUACCCAGAAAAUAAAGAACAGAGGGAAGGAUUGUAUCAUUUCUUGACAGACGCUUCCUAAAUUAAACUAUAAAACGAAUAAGUGUUCUUAUCAAUAAUAAUAAUAAUAAUAAUGCUAGUCUACCUAUUCAGAGGGUGUUGCCACUGAAGUUGUACUAAUGCCACUUUGGACACAUUUUUUUCCAAGUCGUGGUUGCCUUAAUAAACUGAAAGAUAAUUGUUGAGGUCUUUUUUCCCCCUUUUGUACAUAAUGUAAUUAUUAAAAAGAAGAAGAAGGGAAAAAGUCAGUCUGCAUGGCACACAAAACUGUGUAAGAAAUUGUCUCUUUAAAUGGCCCAUUUCCAUUGUACAGUUCGAAUUUAAAGUGUACUUUUUAACCCACCCGUAUUUUUUUUCCCCUUUAAGCAAAUCUGUCCAAACCAAACACAGGCAUUAUUUAAAAAAAUGUUGUUCCA